AGCGGCUCUGCUCCCCGGCCUUGCCCAGUGCAAUUUCUAUUUAAUCUGCGCUCGUAUCGGUUAUCAAGACUGGGGGCCAAUUCUGGGCCCAAAUAAUCUUGAUAUACAUAAAAACCGAAUUUAUUAUUAUCUCUUAUAGUUAUUUAGAAGUUGUGUUCGUGAUAUAGUAAUUCAUCUUUCAUUUCAUUUAUGCUCACCGGUGGCUAGCCCGGGAGCAGCCGAUGGCGUUCGAUUGACAUGAAACCUAUAUGUCAUCACAAAUCAACAUUUUCUGUUUAUUAUUAAACAUUCUAUGUAAUAAUAGAACAUUUUUAAUCUCUCUUUAGAGAAUAGUGCGACAAUCAGUGUACAGUGCGUAAUUGUCAGUGGACUCGUGCGUGGAGCGGGAGAUACUAUUUCGGAGGGGCGAGGCGCCGUGAACUUGCUGCUGGAGACUGUCGUCACGUCAACGUGACGACGUCAUUGGAAACUUAUCUCAUCUUUUAUCAGAGAGAGAAAUUCUAGUUUGUUUUUAUCAACAUUAUUGUCACAAUGGCAGAAGACGAGGUUUUGUUUGAUGAUGUUUAUGAACUCUGCGAGAUAAUUGGCAAGGGACCAUUCAGCGUAGUACGGAAAUGCAUUUAUCGGCAGACGGGACAGACAUUCGCCGUAAAAAUUGUCGAUGUGGCAAAGUUCACUUCUAGUCCAGGACUCAGCACAGCGGAUUUGAAACGGGAGGCGACAAUAUCGCAUAUGUUGAAACAUCCGCAUAUUGUUGAAUUACUGGAGACCUACAGUUCCGAGGGGAUGCUUUACAUGGUGUUUGAACAUAUGGAUGGUUCGGAUUUGUGCUUCGAGGUGGUAAGAAGAGCAACAGCCGGAUUUAAAUACAGUGAAGCAGUUGUUUGCCACUACAUGAGACAGAUCUUGGAAGCCCUACGUUAUUGUCACGAGAAUGAUAUAAUCCAUCGAGACCUGAAACCACAGUGCGCUCUUCUCGCCGGAAAGGAGAAUUCAGCUCCAGUGAAGUUGCGCGGUUUUGGUGUCGCGGUACAACUUUCGUCCUCGCAAACCAAUGGAGUUGAAUGUUACACGACCGAGUAUCGGCAGUGUCUGAGCCCGAAGGGUCAGCUCUACUUGAAGGCCGACAAUGAUGGACGAAUUGGAUGUCCGCAUUUCAUGGCACCGGAAGUAAUUCAACGUAGGCAAUAUGGAAAAGCGGGAGAUGUUUGGUCGGCAGGUGUACUGCUUCACAUAUUACUUACUGGAACCCUUCCAUUUGUUGGCUCUCGGGACCGUCUACGGGAAGCGAUUUGCAGAGGACGAGUCCAGAUGGAGACACAUUUAUGGGACAAUAUUAGUGAGACAGCAAAAGAUCUUAUUCAAAGGAUGCUCACGACGGAUGUAAAUCACAGAAUUACUAUUCAAGAAGUUCUCAAUCACAAGUGGCUGAGAGAUCGUGAUAAGGCUACUGUACAUUUAGGAGAAACUAUAGAAGAACUUAAAAAGUUUAAUGCUAGGCGAAAAUUGAAAGCCGCUGUGAAAGCAGCUGUUUCCUCAGCAAGGUGGCAUGCACCAUAUUCGGAAACAAACGGCGAUAGUUACUUUGAAAUUGGCGAUGAGGAAGUCAUGACAACAGGUCCCGUUGCUGAAAUUUUAGAUUCACUUGAUGAUAUAGAGAUACUUCAAGAGAGUGGUAGACUGACACGCUCUGAAAUUCUUUCCACUGUUGAUGAUCAUCAGCUUCGUGCGAUAUUAGAGCUUUACGAUAGAAUUUCAUCACUAACUCCAACGCCAUGUCGAGCUCCACAGACAGAUGCAGUUCAACGAGCCCGAGAAGUUGAGGAAGUUCUUCGAGACGUCGACAGGUCAAAUGCUAGAAAUAUCGAUCGAGGUGAUCUUCGAGAACUCCAGGAACUUCUCGUCCAGCCGCAUCUCAAGGCGUUACUUCAAGCACAUGACGUGGCUGGCCACGAGGUCUAUGGAGAGGAAGCAACGAGGGUCACUCCACCACCUCUUCUACCGUACCUGAACGGCAGUGAUGACCUCGAAGGGCAAAACGGUGACCUAGACCUCGAAAAUGUCACUCGUGUCAGGCUAGUUCAAUUUCAGAAGAAUACGGACGAACCCAUGGGCAUUACGUUGAAAAUGAAUGAAGAUGGAAAAUGUAUUGUGGCAAGAAUUAUGCACGGCGGUAUGAUUCACAGGCAGGCCACUCUACAUGUCGGAGACGAAAUUAGAGAAAUUAAUGGAAUUCCAGUGGCGAAUCAGUCUGUCAACGCUCUACAGAAGAUACUUCGAGAAGCACGUGGAUCAGUUACCUUCAAGAUAGUGCCAUCAUACAGGAGUGCGCCGCCUCCCUGCGAGGUACAAUUGUUCAGGAUUAGGCCUCUGCCAGUGUUAAUAUUCGUUCGAGCGCAAUUCGACUACGAUCCAUUGGACGAUGAAUUGAUACCCUGUGCACAGGCCGGAAUCGCAUUUAAGACAGGCGAUAUUUUACAAAUAAUAAGUAAAGACGAUCACCAUUGGUGGCAGGCACGAAAAGACAACGCGGCUGGAUCCGCGGGUUUAAUACCAUCUCCCGAAUUACAGGAAUGGCGAAUUGCCUGUCUAGCGAUGGAGAAAAAUAAACAGGAACAAGACACUGAAGGAGAAGGAGGAUGUUCGUCUCACACCGAAGGCUGCGAUGGCUCGACAGUAAAUUGCUCAAUAUUUGGCCGGAAGAAGAAACAAUAUAAAGAUAAAUAUUUAGCGAAGCACAAUGCGGUCUUCGACCAGCUGGAUCUGGUUACAUAUGAAGAGGUCGUGAAGCUUCCCUAUCCCGCCUUUCAACGGAAAACUUUGGUACUUUUGGGAGCCCAUGGAGUCGGCCGUCGUCAUAUCAAAAACACAAUAAUUGCAAAGCAUCCUGAUAAAUACGCCUAUCCAAUUCCACAUACAACGAGGCCUCCACGAAACGACGAAGAAAAUGGACGCAAUUAUUAUUUCGUAUCGCACGAUGAAAUGAUGGCAGAUAUCGCUGCUAAUGAGUACCUGGAAUAUGGAACCCACGAAGACGCAAUGUAUGGGACGAAAUUAGAAACAAUAAGAAAAAUUCACGAAGAGGGAAGAAUGGCAAUUCUUGAUGUAGAACCACAAGCAUUAAAAGUUUUGCGCACAGCCGAAUUUGCGCCUUAUGUUGUCUUCAUUGCCGCGCCCGUACUUCAAAAUAUUGCCGACUACGACGGAAGCCUGGAGCGCUUAGCGAAAGAGUCGGAUAUGCUGAAGCAGGCGUAUGGACACUUUUUCGAUUUGACAAUUGUAAACAACGAUAUCGAGGAAACAAUUGCACAAUUGGAGAGUGCUAUUGAGCGAGUACAUACAACGCCACAGUGGGUUCCAGUUUCGUGGGUCUACUGACAACGGAUUUCGCCAAGUCGUUCAAUUUUGACUUCCGACUGUAAUGGUGCAUCCAGAGGAAAGCAGUAAUUCGUCAAAAUGGAAAGUCCAACGACUUGUGCGCGUUGACAAGAUUCGCAUGGAUACAUCGAACGAAGGAACAUCCAGGUGAUUCGAGGCACGAUCCUUAAGAAAAAAAUAAAUAAAUAAACCUUAGACCAAUCAAAGAAAAAAAAAAUUAUAAGAAAAAAGAAAUGUCGUCUAUGAUGAUGACGACACGACUCGGGUGUGAUUGUGGUCGUGUGUUCAUAGA